UUUGAUUACCAUAGUUGCAGGGAUUCAAUAAAUCCACGAGUAGAAAUGGCCAUUUAAUGUUGAAUAAGAAUGAAGGCCUUCUUGUUCUAUUAGAUAUGGAGAUGAAUAACAGACAUUGUCGUGAAUGUUGGUUUAAUUCCAUAACAAUGAAAUAAACAUGCCGCUUCACAUGCAAACCGUUGUUUCAGCAACUUAGUUAUUCCAUGAGUUCUAUUGUAUUUAUAUUUUAGUUCACAUGAGUUGUCUAUGAACCUCUUUCUUUGUUACUAAUUAACUAUUACUCCCUCCAUUUUCAAAUAUAUGGCAUUUAAGGCAAGCUUGUUGUAAGUGUCAUUUCUUUAAAAAUAGGGGACAAUGUCGAAGUUAUUAGAUUUGCUAGAGGCAGGCUAUUAGCUUUUGGAUAUCCAUGUUGAUCUUGUUGGUGUUUUGAUGAUAUCAAAAGUCUAGGGGUUGCUAGGAAGUUUUAGUAUAAUACAAUAUUUGUAUCUUACCUUAUUUUACCAAUUUGUUUAAAUUCUUUUGAUUCCAAGGUUUCUUACUUUAGUGUUGCAGAUGUAGUUAUAAUUCUAAGAAUUGGCGUUGAAACAAAAGGAAUAAGAAUGAACCUUACAGUUAUAUUGAUCAUAUAAAAUUAAUCUAUUGGGGUCACAUUACAUUUAUCAAAGUCCAUGAAAAGUUGCAAUUUUGUACAGUGUUGUUCUUUUAUUUUUGUUAUAUAAAGCUUACAGUGGGGCCCUCUCCUGCUGUAUUUUCUGCUCAGAACCGAAACGUUGCAAAAAAUGUGCUUCUGAAUGUGAAGAAAGAAUGGAAUCCAACAACAGAUUAGAUAAAAAAAACUAUGAUACAUAGUCAACAGAAACUUGGGUUGAUUGGGGUCAUGGGUUGGGGUGAAGGGUCACUGGCCGCAGUUGUCUAAAAAAUGUUUAGUGUACGAAGGCCCAUCUAAUGUAGGCCCAUAUGGCCAAUGUGGGGUGCUCAUCUCCACUACUGGGGUGCUCAUCUUCUCAAAUCCCGUGGUCAGUAACAUAGUACCAAAGCCAUGGAUUAGGGUUAGGGUUGCCGUGGUCAGUAACAUAGUACCAAAGCCAUGGAUUAGGAUUAGGGUUGGACUCAUCUAAUCUAGUCCACUCAUGAUUUUUUUUUAUUUUGGGUAUGGCCCGUCGCCGACUCGCCGCCUGCCUGUCGUUGCCUCUUGUGCGGCCUGUACGUCGAUCGUUUGCGCUCCUCUACCAGCGACUACGCGUUGUAUGUGCCCCUUAUUCUGCGUCGGUUGUCUGCGCGGCCAGUUCGUGUGUUCCUUCACCUCGUGCAACCCGUCGUCGUCCCCAUUGCCUGGGCUCUUCGUCUUCGUGGCAUGUCAUCGUGGAGUCACCAUGCUUGCCCGUCCGUCUGCGCUUCCUAGUCCGUCCACGUGGCCCGUUGUUGUGAUUUGCUGCUUCCCCACGUCCUAUAACUCUGCAUGUGAGUUGCUCUGCUGGUGAAUUGUCGCGACUCACUUAUCCGCUCAUGCGAAUCGCCGCACGUGCCAACGUCCGGCUGGCCUUCAGCCGCUCGCUCGCCUUCCUCCGUAUUCCCCAUCUGUGGUGUGCUUUGCUGUGCUCUGUUCUGUUGCUGCGGACUGCAGUGGUGUGUUCCGUCCAUGGUCUGUUCUGCUGCUGCAGACUGCAGUGGUGUGUUCCGUCCAUGGUCUGUUCUGCUGCUGCAGACUGCAGUGGUGUGUUCCGUCCAUGCUCUGUUCUGUAGCGUUCUAUUGCUUGGUGUUCUGUUCUAUGCUGUUCUGUGCGGGUACUGCUGUUGUUGAGUGUUGCCUUCUCCAGAUAAUCAUGUCAUAGUCCAAUCUCAUUGUCUUCCCUAUGAAGCUUGAUGGCCCUUCUAACUAUCGAGAAUGGGCAUUUUCUGUCGAAACAAUAUUAAGGGGGCCAUGGUCUUGCAUCCCACUUGACAGACGCUUCUCCAGCUGAUAAGUCUAAUGAUGGUUCUGGUUCUGCUGCAGUGACAGCUUGGGCUAAUUAUGAUGGCCGUGUGAUGAGUGCCACUGUUACCAGUAUGAAGCCUUUUUUGAUAACGAGUCUUGAGCACCAUGAGUCCGCUAAGCAGAUGUGGGACUAUUUGCAGGAGUGAUAUGUUUAGAAUAGCGGCGCUCUUCUGCUUACACUGAUGCAAUGACUUCAUGAUCUUCAGCAGAAUGAGAUGUCCAUAGAGGAGUAUUACACCGCCUUUUGGUCGUGUGAUGGGACCUUUUCUCUCCAUGGUUCCUAAGUGUGAGCAAGGGUGUUCUGGAAGUGCUAAAAACAAGUUCAUUGAGAAAUUCCUCAUAUAUCAGUUUUGUCAUGGAUUGAGGACUGAUUUUGGGCCCAUUCAUAAGCAGUUGUUAAAUGCUCCUACUACAUCCAUUUUUGAUGUUGUUUGCCUUGAUUGCUGAAGAGACACGUCUUAGUUCCAUGUCACCUUCUGCAUCAGUACCUCAGUGUUUUAGCAGCUUCUCAAGAGACCAACAUAGUGAAGGGCUGCUCUUCUGAGCCUUGUGAGCAUUGCAAGAAGACUUCUACCACCCAUGCCUCCAACCCGCCUGGCGCUGCGCCAGCCACGAUGUUUGUAGAGGGGUGUCAGGUGAAGUGCCUCUUCCCAUCUGAGAUGGAGGAACGUCGUCGUUUGGGGUUGUGUUACAACUACAACGAGAAGUUCGGGCACGACCACAACAAGGUGUGCGUUGCCUAAUGGGCCAAUGUCAUGUGGGGGCAAGUAGUACAUGUGCAGGGACAUGGCCAGUGCGCCAAGCAUGCCGCAUGCAAUGUAGGCGUUUUGGUUAGGCAGGCUAUCAACCACGCCUUGUGUUUAGGAGAUUACCAUCUCUAGGUUGUUAGUGGCCAAGGGCCUAUUUACAUCUUGUAUGAGACUCCAAAUCAGGUUUAAGCAAUAACAAUUGUCUCCACUCCUAAUCUCCCUUCUUCAACAUAGGGCGCCGAGAGGAAAAACAUUGUCCCGUUACCGAUCAAGACUACGAGCUUCGUAGUUGAGGUCCUGCCUGUUAUGGUGGGCUAAGCCUACCAUAGGCGGUCAACUGGCCGUGGCUAGACAAUGGGCUCAAGUUUAGACCUGGAGCUUCUCGGUCUCCAUGGCAGACGAUGGGCUCAAGUUCAGACCUGGAGCUUCUCGGUUGCAGCUUGGAUGCUGGAAGGAUUUCAGGCAACGCCUGGCGUCGUGUUAAGCUAGGAGUCUUUUGGUUCGGUUUGUUAGCAAUAUCUAGUUAGCAAGUCUAUCGUGUCCCUAAAGAAUAAGAUUUGGUUAUAGGGUCCAGAGUCUUGUAUAAGUAUACAGUUUGAGAUUAAUACAAGUUAGCCUGGAAUUGUGUCACAUAGACACCUUUGGGCGCCUGGCGCUCCCUGCUCUUGCGUUCUCGCGUUCAUCGAUAUAAACCUCCCAGCACAGCUCCGCCGCCUCGCCGCGAACUUUCAAACCCUGACCACCAAUCAGCCAUAGUUAUAGCUUGCGAAGCUUAAGCUCCGCUAUUCGUCCCCACCACUGUAGUAACGCUGCCGCUCGCUACCUCUGGCGCCGUCAUCCCAACCCAGCCUCCACCUCCGCCACCCAUGACAGUCAUCUCGACGGACGUGCUCAAUGCCUUCACCACCGCCAUCCAGGGCCUGCAACGCCAGAUGGCGGGCGUGGAGUUUUGUUUCGGCGAUCUGGCGCGUCGCAUGGCUGUGGUGGAUGGUCGUGCCGCGCCGGCCCUCCCCGGGUUUGACAAUGUGCCGCAUCUCCCGGCGCCCUUGGCGCCAUCACUCUCCGUGACGCCGUUCGCACCUCUUGCGUCUACGGCGGCGCCACGGGGCUAUACGGCAGUGCCCUUCGUGCCGUGGUCCGCACCAUCGACAUUCGCGUCGGCCCCAGCGACAGCAGCCCAGCCGUACGGCGUACCGAUCAAUCAAAUCUGUUUUCCCCACUCGCCGUCGCCUGUGCCAUCGUUGGACUCCAUCAUGCAAGGCUCCGUGCCGGUGUCCUCUGCGCCCAUGGCCACCCCAACUUCGCGUGUGCAUGUGCCACUGGAACCUGAGGGCCAGGUGGUACCCAAGUACUACAAGUUGUUGUUCCCAACAUUCGACGGAAAGGAAGGCCCCUUGGGCUGGUUGAACAAAUGUGAGCAGUUUUUCAGUGGCCACCAGACACGUCACCAAGAUAGGGUCUGGCUCGCUUCGUACCACAGCUCACCAGUGGUACCAAGGGCUGGAGGCCGAUGCUGGCCGGCCACAGUGGGACGACUUCUGUGCCCUCUAUCAACAGCGAUACGGUCCGCCCCUCAGCACCAACCAUAUCUCCGACCUCGCGCGCCUGCCUUUCACCUCCCCGGUUAAUGCAUACAUGGAGGCGUUCCAGGCACGGGCCACGCACGAAGGACGCCUCGCGCUGGCGCAAAAGGUCAAGCUCUUCACUGGCGGUCUGCCCGACCAUAUCUGCGUCGACGUGGAACUCCAGGACCCACAAGAUCUCCAAAGGGCAAUGCAUUUGGCUCAGGCAUAUGAGCGACGGAACGCGCCACUCCGCCUCGCCCUACAGGCUGCGCCACGACGUCGCGUUUCGGGACCACUGACCACGGCAUCGUCUGCUACCGAUUCGUCUACCGCGACUUCGUCAUCAACGGCGGCCGCUUCCAGUCGUCCCUUCAAGCGCCUGUCCCCAGAGGAGAUGUCGGAACGCCGCAAGCAGGGGCUUUGUUAUAACCACGAUGAGCCCUACGUCCGGGGACACAAGUGCGCCCGAGUCUUCUUCCUCGAGGUGGCUGAUUAUAUCGUGGAGGAGCCGGACGACACCAAUUGCGACGGGGCACCGGCGCACGGUACUGAUCUUCCGCCGUUUGAUCUGGAUGCGCCUAUGAUCUCCCUCUCUGCCAUCAUAGGAAUCCGAGGCACGACGACCAUGCAACUCCGGGUCAGGAUCGGCGUGCACAAGUUCACGGUGCUGCUCGACUCCGGGUUCACCCAUAAUUUCAUUAGCGUGGACGCCGCACGCCGUGCAGACCUUCUCCUCCAAGACAGUUGUGGUGCUCACGUCGUCGUGGCCAACGGCGACCGCGUCGAGUGUCGUCGCCUGGCCGACAAUGUCGACCUGAAGAUUGGCGACGAGCUAUUCCGGAUGGACAUGUAUGCCAUCCCCGUGGACGGCUGCGACGUGGUCCUAGGGAUUGCAUGGCUGCAGACCCUGGGCCCCAUCCUAUGUGACUUCGCCACGCGUCGGAUGGCGUUCUACCUAUGCGGUCGGCGAGUCGACUGGGUUUGCAUGGGUGCGCCUGACUUGCCACCAGAUCGUGCCCCCAGUCGCCUACUCGUCGGCACCCUCUUCUCCGACAACGGCUCCGAGCACGACCUCCUGGAACGCCUCCUCCACGCCUAUGAAGAAGUAUUCACAGCACCAACCGGCCUUCCUCCGUCGUGCCCGUGCGAUCAUCGGAUCCACCUCAAACGGUCAACGGAACCAGUGGAUGUCUGCCCAUACCGGUACCCUCAAUUGCAAAAGGACGAAUUGGAGGCGCAGUGUGAAGCGAUGCUACGGUAGGGCAUCAUACGGCCGAGUACCUCCCCCUUCUCGGUGCCAGUGUUGCUUGUCAAGAAGCAGGACGCCUCGUGGAGGUUUUGCGUGGAUUACCGGGCUCAACUCGGUCACCGUCAAGGAUAAAUUCCCUAUACCUGUUGUCGAGGAAUUGUUGGACGAGCUGCACGGUGGUCGCUACUUCUCCAAGCUAGAUCUUCGGUCGAGCUACCAUCGAGUUCGUGUCCAUCCUGAGGACGUGCAUUUUGAGUUCCUCGUCAUGCCAUUCGGCCUUUACAAUGCGCCAUCGACGUUCCAAGCUCUAAUGAAUCUCGUCCUCAAGCCGUUCUUGCGCCGUUGGGUGCUUGUCUUCUUUGAUGAUAUUCUUAUCUAUAGCAGGUCAUGGAUAGAACAUAUGCAGCAUCUUCGCGCCGUCCUCGACGUUCUCCGUGAGCACAACCUUCAUCUCAAGCGCUCCAAAUGCGACUUCGCUGCCAAGGAGGUCCAGUACUUGGGCCAUGUCAUCUCGGGCGUUGGCGUGGCCAUGGACGCCUCAAAAGUCGCCGCCGUUUGGAAUUGGCCGUAGCCCCGUUCCGCUCAUGGCCUCCGCGGGUUCCUCGGCCUCGUGAGGUACUAUCGCCGCUUCAUCAAGGACUUCGGCGCCAUCGCGGUGCCUCUCACUCAGCUGCUGCGCAAGGACGCAUUUCUAUGGUGCGAAGAGGCGGCAACGGCGUUCGACGCACUCAAGGCAGCUCUGUCCUCCGCGCCAGUGUUGCAUCUACCAGACUUUGAGCAUGAGUUUGUGGUGGACUGUGACGCGUCGGGCUCAGGUUUUGGCGCAGUGCUGCAUCAAGGCGCUGGCCCGCUCGCCUUCUUCAGCAGACCCUUCGUCGUGCGACAUCUCAAGGUGGCGGCAUAUGAGCGCGAGCUCAUUGGACUGGUGCACGUCGUGCGGCACUGGCUUGCCAUAUCUGUGGGCGUGUCCGUUCUUGGUGCGCACGGACCAUUAUGCAUUGAAAUAUAUGCUCGAUCAGCGCUUGUCCACGGUUCCGCAACAUCAAUGGAUCUUGAAGCUCUACGGUUUCGAUUUUCGGGUUGAGUACAACCUGGGACGCUGCAACACCGUUGCCGAUGCUCUAUCCCGGCGCGACGGUGAGGUCCCUCCUCUGGCCGCCCUCAACGCUGACACGACAGGCUCGGUGGGUGUCUCCUUGCCCGCUUUUGACUUCUACCAUGAGCUGUGUCGGGACCUUGCGGGCGAUGACGCGCUCCGUCCACGCUAUUACGAGGUGGCGGCUGGCGCCCACGGUCCGCCUUAGGCUGUGUGCGCGACGGCCUCCUGCUGAAGGACGGCAAGGUGUUCGUUCCCGCGUCCUCUACGGUCCACGAGGAUGUCCUCUAGCUGGCUCACACGGUU